AAAAUAAUUAUAGUGGAGCCCACCUCCAUUUAGGAGAUGCUUGCCUAUAAGUAAGGCAUCCCCCUACUUGUAAUAUACACAGACAAAGAUCAGAUUAGAGAACAGAAACACAAUGAGAUUAGUUUCUCUACUUUGAUAUCUCAAUUCUCUCCCUUCAAUUUCCCAAUUCCCUCUCUCCAAUUUCUUACUAGAUUUAUAACACGUUAUCAGCACGAAUUUCGCUCAAACAUACCAGCUGAAUUCUCUGAUGAAACUCAGCCAAACAAACACUUCUCUCUUUGUUUCUUCUUCUCUACACUCUUCUCAGCCAUUUUAGCAAGCAUCUGGUGUGCACGGCUGUGCAUGAAAAAGUCCUGUAACAUAAUCCCACCUUUGCUCCCAGAGCCAUUGGGCAUGCCCUUACUCAGUAUCAAACCAACUUCUGUGUCAUCUUCACCACACUUGAUAUCCCUUUUCUUGCAGCUGCCCUAUGCUCCGGCCUACGGCUCAUCAUUUUUCGAUCAAGUGGCCAAUAUGCAUACGGUUCAAGUUUGUCCUUCCUCUUCAUCAUCUUGAUCUUCCUCGCAUAAAAGCUCUACCAACGGCUGAGGUUCAAUUGCCCAUUUAGACUUCUUUUCUGGGGUACAGUUUAGCAAUCCUUCAUCAUCUAAUGAUGCAUCAAGCAAUUGCCAAACAAUUGAAAAUAAAAACUCAACCACAAGAAUCCCAGGGUCACUUGCUGGCAGACCAAAUAUCCAGGAAAGAUGAAGAAUAGAAUCUAUCGAUUUCAUGGUUCUGUAAGAAUUAUACAAAUAUCAGAACUUAGAUUCAAUCUCCCACCCGGUCCGCGUCCAUGGCCGAUCGUCGGAAACCUCUACGACAUAAAGCUAUCUUCAUCGUCUUCUCUGCAAGUUCCUGUACAGCUUCGAUGUGUUCGCAUCGGAAGAAGUGGAGUCUCUGCUCCCUCCCGGCCUCGGAUUCUUCCUGUGGUUGCAGCAAAGAAGCAAACAUUUUCCUCCUUUGAGGAUUUGCUGGCUACUACUGACAAACCUGUUUUGGUUGACUUCUAUGCAACCUGGUGUGGUCCUUGUCAAUUUAUGGCUCCUAUCCUCAAUGAAGUGAGUAUUACUCUGAAUGACAAGAUCCAGGUGGUGAAAAUUGACACUGAGAAGUAUCUAGGUGCUAUCUUUGAUAUUACAGCAACAAAUGGUCUUGAUACGGGCAGGAAACUAUGUAUCUUCGGGUUUUGCCGUUCCAUUGAGAUGCUAAAGCACAAGUUGUGGGUUGGCCACCAGUGCGAUCAUACCUGGAGCUACUGGAAAGGUUGAGUGCAGAUGCAAAUGAUGACAGUGGUGACUGUAGAAAAUAUGCUGUCGGGCACGCAUGAUUACAGCCCUACCCACCGAAACAUUAAAAAAAUAAUAAUAAUAAUAA